UCCUGGCGCUGUGGGCGGCCCCCUGAGACUUUACACCUCACUUAUGAACGGAAUCAUCUGGAAGAGAAGACUAAGGACUCAGACUGGCUGUGCAGUAAGCCAUGCACAUGGAGUUAGAAAGGUGCUCUUUCAGGUGGUUCAAGCUCUUGGCCACAAAGCCCUGGUCACUUAUACUUAUUCUCUUCUCUAUGCAACUUGUAUAUGGGAGUGGAAAGAAGUUCACUCCUUGUGGAGGGAGAGAUUGCUCUGUCUGCCAGUGCUUUCCUGAAAAGGGGGCUCGGGGUCAUCCGGGACCACCAGGGCCACAGGGUCCUAUUGGACCGCUGGGACCGCCAGGACCCAUUGGGAUUCCAGGAGAGAAAGGGAUGAGAGGGGACAGUGGCCCUCCCGGAGCAGCAGGGGAUAAAGGAGAUAAGGGUCCCACUGGUGUUCCUGGAUUUCCAGGUUUAGAUGGUGUACCUGGGCACCCGGGGCCUCCGGGGCUCAGAGGCAAACCUGGCAAGAAUGGCUGCAAUGGCUCCAGAGGCGACCCAGGGUUUCCAGGAGAAAGAGGAGCUCCUGGCCCAGAAGGCCCCCCAGGCCUUCCUGGGGAACAAGGAGAAAAAGGAAAUUCAGGGGAGGUUGGCCAGCAAGGUUCUCCUGGACCAACCCGACUGGUGCAGCCACCUGAUUCUUGUCUCUAUAAAGGAGAAAAGGGGGAGGUUGGCCAGCAAGGUUCUCCUGGACCAACCCGACUGGUGCAGCCACCUGAUUCUUGUCUCUAUAAAGGAGAAAAGGGUGUUAAAGGAAUACCUGGAAUGAUUGGACCUCCAGGACCUCCAGGACCCAAGGGAGAACCUGGUAUUGGGGAAAAAGGAGAAAAGGGCAUCCCUGGCUUCCCAGGCCCUCGGGGUUUUCCUGGCUCCUAUGGAUCUCCAGGUUUUCCAGGAUUAAAGGGUGAACAAGGACUGUUUGGAGCUCCUGGGUCAUUUGGAUUUCCUGGUCCAAAGGGGGAUCCCGGAGACCGCGGGUACCCAGGACCGCCAGGGGCAUUGACAACGCCACCUCCUCCACUCAAAGGUCCUCCGGGGGAUCCAGGACUCCCUGGCCGCUAUGGAGAAAUGGGGGCUGUUGGGUUCCCCGGCCCCCCCGGCCCCCCGGGUCGACCAGGGGAAACCUGUCCAGGCAUGAUGGGGCUCCCUGGGCCGCCAGGGUUUCCCGGGCAUCCGGGAGUUCCAGGGGCAGCCGGCCUUCCUGCGAGACCUGAUUCCGCUCCAGGAAAACCAGGGAACCCGGGACCACCUGGGCUGCCGGGAGCACCAGGAUGUCAGGGACCUCCAGGAUCAGACGUUAUAUAUUGUAGAGUUGGACACCCUGGACCACAAGGACCAAAAGGCAAAAUGGGUCCUCCAGGAAGAGGAGGCUCCAAGGGAGAAAAAGGAAAUGCGGGGCUCUGUGCCUGCAAGCCUGGUCCCACAGGCUUGCCAGGUCCUCCAGGACUUCCUGGGAGGCAGGGAAGUAAGGGAGACUUGGGGCUCCCUGGGUGGCCUGGAGAAAGAGGUCACCCAGGCCUCCCUGGUGCUGAAGGAUCUCCAGGGCCACCAGGAAAAGCUGGUGCCCCAGGACCACCUGGCAACAGAGGAGAAAAGGGAGACAUGGUUGUAUCAAGAGUUAAAGGGCGCAAAGGAGAAAGAGGUCCUGAUGGGCCCCCAGGAUUUCCAGGGCAGCGGGGACAAGAUGGUUGGGAUGGACAUGCUGGAGCAAUCGGGGAUCCAGGACCCCCAGGGGAUCAUGAAGAUGCAGGCCCAGGUGAUCAAGGAGUUCCUGGACUGCCAGGCCCUCCUGGCAGAGAAGGACCAAGGGGGCCUCCAGGACUGGGAUUUCCUGGUCCACCAGGACAAAGGGGGCAACCAGGAGCCCCAGGCCACCCAGGCGAGAGGGGCCCUGUUGGUGUGAAGGGUCGAAAAGGUGAUACAAUUUCUUGUAAUGUCAGCUACCCUGGGAGGCCAGGCCCUCCAGGUUUGGAUGGACCUCCAGGUCCAAAAGGAUUUCCAGGUCCUCCAGGUGCUCCUGGGCUGAGGUGUUUUGAUGGGCAAAAAGGUCGGCCUGGCAAACCAGGAAUAUCAAAAAUACCUGGUCCACCUGGUCUCCGUGGUGACACAGGCGACCCAGGUUUUGAAGGUGAAAAGGGCUCUUCUCCCAUCGGGCCCCCAGGCUCUCCUGGUUCACCCGGAGCCAGUGGUCAGAAAGGAAUCCCCGGAGACCCUGCGUAUGGCCACCCAGGGCCCCCGGGAAAGAGGGGUCCCUCAGGAAUGGCAGGGUUGAAAGGCCUCAGAGGCCACCCAGGACAUCCGGGGCCUGCAGGGCCAGCUGGCAUGCCCGGAAUCCCGGGUCUCAAAGGCCCGAAAGGCAGAGAGGGAAGUGCUGGGUUUCCAGGUGUCCCCGGUACACCUGGCCAGUCCUGUGAAAGAGGCGCUCCCGGAUCACCAGGGCAACCAGGACUCCCCGGGGCUCCAGGCAGUCCAGGUGCCCCCGGUUGGAAAGGACAGCGAGGAGAUAUGGGGCCUCCUGGACCAGCUGGGAUGAAGGGCCUCCCAGGAGACCCGGGAAGGCCAGGGACAGCUGGACCCCGAGGACCUCCAGGAAUCCCAGGCCCCUUUGGGGAUGAUGGGCUACCUGGUCUUCCAGGCCCCAAUGGACCUCAGGGGCUGCCUGGCAUGCCAGGUUUUCCGGGAGAGAGAGGGAAGCCUGGCCCCGAGGGACACCCUGGCAGAAAGGGCGAAGUCGGAGAGAAGGGCUGGCCUGGCUCCCUGGGAGACCAAGGAGCGAAGGGUGCCAAAGGAGAGAGAGGACGCCCAGGAGAUGAAGGAGAAAUGGCUAUAAUUUCCAAGAAGGGGGAAACCGGCGAGCCUGGACCUCCUGGAGAUAACGGAUUCCCAGGAGGAGAAGGUGAUAAAGGCCCUCCUGGGAUACCAGGGAGAAGAGGGGAGCCAGGAAGACACGGGCCACCUGGGCUUCACAGAGGAGAGCCGGGUAGAGAUGGGCAGCCGGGGCCUCCUGGACCCCCAGGCCCUCCGGGCUCACCAGGGCUCAGAGGGAUCAUUGGUUUUCCGGGAUUUCCAGGUGAUGAGGGUGAUCCGGGUUUUCCAGGGCCCCCCGGACAUUCAGGAAUUGAUGGAAUGAGAGGACCUAAAGGAAACAAAGGGGAUCCUGCAAGUCAGUUUGGUCCACCCGGUCCAAAGGGUGAGCCAGGCAGCCCUGGAUGUCCAGGGCAUUUGGGAGCUCCCGGAGAGAAGGGCUUGGCCGGUGCUCAAGGGCCCAGAGGACCACCAGGAAGGCCAGGACUGCCCGGCUCCUCCGGACCACCAGGGUGUCCAGGUGAUCAAGGGAUGCCUGGGCCAAAGGGACAUCCAGGAGAAAUGGGGGACCCUGGACCAAGAGGCCUCAUGGGGUAUCCAGGGACACCAGGUCUUCCAGGAAUAAAAGGUCCCCCCGGGUUACCCGGCCUGAAUGGCUUGCAUGGUUUAAAGGGUCAGAAAGGAACCAAAGGAGCUUCAGGUUUGAAUGAAAUGGGCCCACCCGGCCCAAUGGGAAUGCCUGGGCUGAAAGGGGAGACAGGUGACCCCGGGAACCCAGGAAUUUCUCCUCCAGGCCUUUUUGGAGAAAAAGGUCCGCCAGGCCCUCCAGGGAGACCUGGACCUCCUGGUCCUGCAGGUGCCACAGGACGACCUCCUAAGUGUGAUUUUCCUGACCCCGGUCCGCCUGGAGAUCAAGGACCUCCUGGCCCCGAUGGUCCAAGAGGACCCCCCGGGCCUCCAGGGCCCCCUGGGAGCAUUGACCUUCUGCAAGGGGAUCCAGGAGACUGUGGUCUGCCCGGGCCUCCAGGUCCCCGGGGCCCGCCAGGCCCUCCAGGACCCAAAGGCCUCCCAGGAUGUGAUGGAAACGAUGGCCAGAAAGGACCAAUGGGGUUCCCGGGGCCACAGGGGCCACAUGGACUUCCAGGGUCACCUGGAGAGAAGGGUGUACCUGGUCCUCCAGGCAGACAAGGGCCCCGGGGGCCUGCAGGUAACAGAGGUGAACAGGGGCCACCUGCAGAUUUGGAUGCCUGCCCCCGAAUCCCGGGGCUUCCUGGGGUACCAGGCCCAAGAGGACCAGAAGGAGCCAUGGGGCCCCCCGGAAGGAGAGGCCCUCCAGGAGCAGGGUGCAAAGGAGAGCCCGGGCUGGAUGGCAGGAGAGGCGAGGAUGGCAUCCCAGGGCCUCCUGGGCCUCCGGGACACAGAGGUGACACGGGAGAAGCCGGCUGCCCUGGAACACCAGGCCCUCCUGGGCCCAUUGGGGAUCCUGGGCCCAAAGGGGUUGGCCCUGGAUACCUCAGUGGCUUCCUCCUGGUUCUCCACAGUCAGACGGAUGGAGAGCCCACCUGCCCCAUGGGCAUGCCCAGGCUCUGGACGGGCUACAGUCUGCUCUACGUGGAAGGACAGGAGAGAGCACACAAUCAGGACCUCGGUCUGGCGGGGUCUUGCCUCCCGGUGUUUAGCACACUGCCCUUUGCCUACUGCAACAUCCACCAAGUGUGCCACUAUGCCCGGAGAAAUGACAGGUCCUACUGGCUGGCCAGCGCCGCGCCCCUGCCCAUGACACCGCUGUUGGAGGAGGACAUCCGCCCCUACAUCAGCCGCUGUGCCGUGUGCGAGGCCCCGGCUCAGGCGGUGGCGCUGCACAGCCAGGACCAGUCUGUGCCCCCGUGCCCGCGGGCCUGGCGGAGCCUCUGGAUCGGGUACUCCUUCCUCAUGCACACAGGUGCUGGGGACCAAGGAGGAGGGCAGGCCCUCAUGUCACCCGGCAGCUGCCUGGAAGAUUUCCGCGCAACUCCCUUCCUCGAAUGUCAAGGCCGGCAGGGAACUUGCCACUUCUUUGCAAACAAGUACAGCUUCUGGCUGACGGCGGUCAAACCACACUUGCAAUUUUCCGCAGCACCUUCGCCAGAAACCUUAAAGGAAAGCCAGGCCCAGCGCCAGAAAAUCAGCAGGUGUCAGGUCUGCAUGAAGGUUAGCUAGAGAACCCAGGACUCGCCCACGUGCCACUGAGAGACACUCCCCAGGGGCUCAGUGGUCCCGGGCCGAGCUGGGAUUUAAUGGUGCUCAUUUCCGACUCCUGUGACAGCGGUUCGUUCUGUUGGAUUGCGUUUAUCCCCACAGUACCGUAUUUCUCUGCUCCGGGCAGAUUAAGCAAAUGCUAUGUGUAUGGAUAUGGUUGGACCCACCAAUCUAGAUGAAACCCAGAUCUCCUUAUUUUCUUGAGGAGGAUAGAAGAGCUAGCUUUAUCAUUUAAAAAAAAAAAAUGCACAGAAAGGCAAAUAGAUGAUAAAGGCCAGAUGACAAGCUACAUUACUAAAAACUCCAUUCAUUGCUUAAUAGCACCUCAAACAAUUAAAGUCAGUUACUCUGGAAUACAGGGGGGAUUUUGGGGUGGAUUUU